UGCCUCACAUGGGUAGAGACUGGAUAUAAAUAAAGUUCAAAAUGGCGGACGAAGAGAGUAUUUUAGAGACAAGAGAAAAGGAAUUGCUGUCGAACUUGAACUCAUUCUUGUCAGGAUGCAGUGUUGGUGGUUCAUCACUCAACACCAUCGACAAGAUCCAAUGCUGUAUAGUYUUACUACAGUCACUACCUUGUGCUAGACAUGCUGUCUUGGAACAGCUGUGUGAUGCGUUUCACGAAUCUAUGCAUAAGUACAUGGUAGAAAUGGAGAGGAAGGCACAGUUACUAGGUAGCAAUAGCACACCAGAUGUUGUGGAUGCAGAUCUAGACAAUGCUCUUCACAGAGUAUGUGAUGUGGUCAGGAACUUUGUUAAUAUCAAUCCAUCCUCAUGGGCAUUGCUAAUCUGUCAGUGGUGUUUCAAUCUUCUUGGUGAUUUGAUAUCAAAGUUUGACCAGAAGAGAGGAGUCAGUCUUACAUUGUCGUUCAGUGAAGGAUUCCACAAAUGGAUGUCAUUCCCUCCAGUACAGAUGCUGAUGGGGAUAGCAACCCACUGCUGUUCUAAACUAGUUGUCAAUAAUCCWGAUAUCUGCAUGGAGACACUGUUGCAGAUAUCCAUGAAGUACUCCCCUCAUCUAGACUGGGUGGUCGCACAUAUUGUAUCACACUUUCAUGAUGUCAUUGUCAAAAAGCUACUGAGUACAGCCCUCAAGGACUAUGCAGCUACGUUUAAUGAUGAGAGUGAGGAGAAGUCUGUACUGGUGUCGACAGUUGUACAAGUAUUGGGUUACCUGUCUAUCCAGUUUGCUCAAGAAAUCAAGACACAUCUGUUUGCUUUGUUUCAUUCAAGCCUUCUCCAAGAUACAUCUGAUGACAAGGGGAUGCGUGAACAGUUAGCAACCAUUCCAUUCCUGUUGCACAUAGCUUCUUUGUCCCCUGAGCUGUUAAAGGGGACUUUGUCAGAUUUUGUGGAAUCACUCACUCCAAGUGUCCUUAUAAAGCUCUAUGAUCAGUCAGUUAGUAGGUCAACUCUCUAUGCUAAACAUACAAGUUUGAUUGAAGUCCUUGUGGAUAUCAUCACUAAUGUUGAGACUGGUGCUUAUAGUAUAUUCUGUUUUCUUUUGGAAAACUGCUGUCCAGCGAGUAAUGAAGAUGAUAUGGAAACGACAGUACCACACCCUSAAGUACAGCAGACAAGUAUUUAUAUCAUGGAACGACUGCUAUUGAAACUUCAAGAAGUAACAAGUCAGAGACACAARCUCUACACACAGAAAUCAGUUAUUGCUCCUUUGGUUAAAACAUGUACAGAAAGUGCYUUCCUGCUGGAGAUGUCCACUUAUUCAAACAAACUGAUACAAGAACUGUUAAGGUCCAAUGGACAAAGGUUUGGUUGGCUUUUCCGCACGACAGUCUUGGUAUCGGUUCAUAGUGGAGAAACCACAGCAACACAAGUUCUGAGUUACCUCCUUCUUCACAGCAAGACCAAUGCUGAUUUAAAUGUCUUUGUCCAAAUGCAAUGUGAGAUAGAGUUCUACUAUCAGAAUGUAUUGAGAGAGAUGCUCAAGAAAUGUGUUGCGUUACUUAGCAACAGCAAUGCAUCUUUGAAACCACAAAUGGUUUUGGACUUACUUGAGAAUUUACUCAAACUAGUUGUAGCUGAGAAUACGGAACACUUCCCUCCAAGAUGUAAGAUUGUGGAUCACUUACAAGAACACUGUUCUACCAUCACAUCCCUCAUCAACCAUAGUAACUCUGCAGUUGCUUCUAAAACUAUGUCUUUACUACUGAUGUACAAUGGGGCUGAAUAUAACACUGCUGCCACUAAAGGUGCAAUUUGUAGAGCAGUUUCAUCGUUCUUCUUUAGACAUCUCAAAGAUAUGGCAGAGGUGAACGGUUCUUAUACUGACAUCAUUGAAUGUAUCAAACUGUGUGAGCAAAUGAUGACAAAAUUAUCGAGGGACAACUACUGCAGACUGCUGUUGAUCAGGAUAAUAGUAGAGUGUGCAUUAUUAAAGGAAAAUGCUCCUUUACUUGGUGGGAGAUCUCAAGAACACAAUACAUCCAAACCCAUCGAAAGUCACUUGACAUCUUUACUUGACUACAACCGAAAACCACGUAUAUCCUCACGUCUAGCGCUCAGUCCCUCCUCACUGUUUUUUACUGGGGUGUUUGGUAAGAAGUGCAGGAAUGGACAGACCAAGUUAUCCGACAACAAGACAGAAAAAACAAGGGAAUGGUUAACCACAAGCCAAGUGUACAUUAAUACCUUGACGUCCUUGUGCAAGUGUGGCCAGGACGUUGAACACAAAGAUCAAGCAGCCAUGGUAACCAGUAAUACCGACUUGUUGGCUUCUUUGCUGAUGGAAAUAGUUUGUCCUGAGGUUGUGCCGACUGUAGGUGAAUGGCCUGAUGAAGAUGGCCUUAAAUUCACAGUAGAAAGAGAUAUUAAAAUUAGGAAGACAUUUGAUGAGAACCCGAUACUCUGGUGGAUACUAUUACUGGCUUCCAAAGGAAUUACAUCACUGUGUAAAUGUGCUCCCGUUACUUCAAGUUUACUUGCUACUGUGAUGUCUAACUGGGAAGUGUGUCGUGACAAAACAAUAACGCAAUCUUCUGAACUUUUCCAUGACACUCAGUAUAUAAUGCAGGCAAUGGUGGAGGCUAACUGGUUACCAGUGCCCCUAUCACGUGUUGGCGGAGUCCUUCAUCUUCUUUCUCCAAAAGAAAUAUAUGCUGUGACGAAUACCAUGUGGAAAGUUUUGAAGGAGAAUCCUCCUCAUCCGAGUAUGGCCAAAGAUGAACCAUUAUGGAAACAAGGCUCUUUCACAACUCAAAAGGAAGUAGUCAAAGCGAUCUUCAUCAACAACAUCUCCACCCUUGGACAACACUAUGCGCGUGUUUUUCAGUCAUCGUAGUCUAACAAUUAAAGGUAAAAUAAACUGGUUUGAUACUAGACCAUGGAAAAUAGCCGCAAAGAUAAAAGGAGUACCAUUGCGUGCCUUAUUGUUGAGUGGUAAUGGCGCAUUACGUGGUGAUCUGUGAGGGUAAAUACCCUGAAUGGUCGACCUGUGCCUGCUACUGACCGGGAAAGACUGGAAAUGACAAAGAAAAUGUAUCACAGACCGGUUUUUGUUAAAGAAAUGUAAUUUCUCUGCAUGAAGACUAAGGACUGCCAGUACUAGAUGUAUAACGUUAGAUGAUAAUGUAUGAUAAUGUACAUAUAAAUAACAAAAAGAAUCAAGACAUAUUUUUUAUUUUUUA